AUGACUACUUUGUGGCCAAUUUUGCUCGUAUUUCUGCUACGAAUUACUGUGAAUGGAGUGCCGGUCAAAGUCAGCGGGCCAGAUGGAAAAAAUGAGAAAAUUCUGGAGCUUCUCGUGAGUUUUCUAGAGUAUUACAGAUGAAUAGUCGCAUGUUUAUUGCAGCUACAUUUUUUCUCGCGAUUUUCUAGCUUCCACUGUACACACAUUUUUUUUGCAGCCACUUGCGCCCCAAAAUGGUACACUUCAAGUCGAGAACACCGUUCACAUUCAUCAUCCGAGAUCUGUGAGUUUUCGAGCAACAAAUCAGUUCAACACUCUUUUCCACAGACGUCCGCGUCUCCUCCCCACCCUUCCGAAUCUCCAGAAGACGUGCUUCUGAAGCGUCUGACUCCGAUCGAGCUCAAAUUUUGGAAGAAACUAAAGCAUUCGGUCGGAAAAGUGCUCGAAAACGCGGGCGAAAAGGCGAUGGGCGAUCUUCUCGGCAAAAUUGCUGGAUGA